AUGGCACAGGAACGCUGCGCCUUUCAGGAGGAGGAGGAGUCCAUCGUCUCAAGCACGGAGACGAUGGACGAAAUGCCGCAACAGGCCAGAUUGUUGGCGGUCGAAGGUGCGUAUUAA